CUUACUGAACACAUUUGGCUCCUGGAAUGCAUGUCACUCUCUGGAACGCAUGAGGUUGUGAAGAAAGAGACAGCCUGCAUAGAGGGUCCAGGGGAAAGAGAAAAACUAUGAAGGGGAAAAAAGGGCCAGCAAUUUUAGCUGCCCUUGUAAUUAUACUCAUUUCAGGUCACCAUGUAGAAGGUUUAAAUCUGUGCCCGGCGCUCCCUGUCUCUCCGACCUACUGUUCCCCGGUUAACAGGGUGGCUCUAAACACUAGCCUGGAGAGCGGUGACAGGUGCCGAUUCACACUCCCCCAGUACGCGUGUGCUUCGGGCUCCAACCUGACAUCAAACCAACUUUCCUCCAUCCUCCAAUGCUACAUCACAGACCCUGCCGCCCAACUGGACCAAGGGGCAUUCCUGUUACUGUUCCAGCAAGUCAGCAGAGAAGUGCUGCAAACUGCUCUGAAUGAAAUCAGCGUGCAGAUCCUCAGUGACCAGAUUACACCAACCUCCAAAGCCUUCCUGCUGAAUGCGGCGUGGGAAGUUCUGAAAGCUGACCCUCAAGUGCAAAACGCAGGUUUCCUGGCCUCCUGGUUCCAGGAGACGCUGCACGCCUACCUGACCGUCAUCGACGUGAACCUCCUGGACUGCAUGACCCAGCUCCCCAUCACUUGCGAUGGCUUGGCCACAGUCGUGCAAGCUCUGGACAGUGUGUAUUCCAGGAUGGACAACAGCACUAGACAACUGGUAGCCAACUGGAUUGGGAGAUUCCUUACAACAAAUGUUUGCCAAAAAAGUUCAGCAAAAGAGUGGAUACUAAGCAACUGGAAGAGUUUCCGACACUACGCCUCAUAUAAUGAGUUCACAACUUCCUGGAGUGGUUUUGAUGGGUUUGCAGCCCUGGAUGUCCUCACAGCCAGCCAACUAGCACAACUCACUGCCUUUCACAACGUGUUCUCCAACAGCAGCACGGCUGCAGGCGUCAUCCAUGUCCUCAGCUCCAGUGAUGUCCUCUACCUCGAUGGCUACUUGACUGAGUUAUCAACUUUAAGCCUGACCCCUCCAUUCGACCGUGAAGUGAUGUAUUCAGUGCUGGAGACUAUUCUAAAAAAAGUCAACGAGAGCUUCCCAGAUCUCUGUUCCCCCUCCUUGAAAGACUUGUUUCAGGUUAAACUGAAGAUGCUGCUGCCUGUUACUGAUGCAAAUAUCCUGAGUCUCUUCCCAACAAAAAUAGGUUGCACUGACUUCCAGGAUAUCUACAAAGGAUUGAAUUCUGUCCACAGCAAGUUAGAUCCCGACACGCAGAAGGCCGUAUACCAAGCCCGACUGAACUUUCUGAAUGGGCAGGUGGCAAAAGAAGGAGUAGCUUGUACAUUCACAGCUGAUAACAGCAGAGACUGGUUGCAGGAAAACUUUGGGCUCUCCAGUGUCUACGCUGACUACAGUGAUUUAAUCCGGCUCGAUCCUGGCUUUAAUGGAUAUGAGGUGACGGAUUUGCUAACUGCAACACAACUGGGGAAACUGGUUGUCAUCUCUGGCAUCCUAACUGACAGCACCAGAGUCAAUGCAGAGAUUGAUGCAACAAACGUGAUGAACACCCUCAAAAGCAGAAACGUAUCUGAACUGCAGACCUUCCUGUCUGAAGUCAAUAUGCUCGUAAAACAAAUGAACGUAGUGGUCAGUGUCCGUGAUGUGAUGCUAAAGGGCAUUUUCCAGAUUCUGAAGCCACAUUUUGCCUCAAUGACAAUGAGUGAUUUUGAAUCCUGGUUCAAUGGGACAUUGACAUUGUAUCUAGCCUCCAUCACCCCUGAUGAGUUGAUGGCUCUCCCUGCUAUAGCUAACUGCACACAGCUACAAACAAUUGUUAAAGGUUUGGACUAUGCAUUUGACCAGAUGACAAUGGAGACAAAGACGGUUGUAACCCAAUGGAUUGUCAAUAUUCUUCUAAAAAUAGAUUGCUUGACAACUGAAAACUGGAUGGCCCUUAAUUUCCAAAGAUUCAAGACCAUAGCUAACAUAACAGACUUCAUUGCUGUCAACAGCAACUUUACUGGGAUGGCUCAUCUCCAGGAGCUGACCGCAGUCCAGCUGGCGCAGUUAACCUUAACGCAAGAGGUGUUCAGUUCUGUCACCAACACUGAACUAAUCUUUGAAAGACUAGCUGAGAUGCCAGGCCUCGAGGACCUGGUUGCUUACUGGGACGAGUUUAAUAUUGCCUAUGAGAAGCCUUCUGUCCCCAUGCUCAAUAUCUCGAUGGAGGUAAAGCACAUCAUGCUAGCAAGGACAGUGGAGCAGCUGCGUGUUGCACUUCCCACAUUCACAGAUGCCGACUAUGACCUUUGGUUUAAGAAAAGACUCGUGGUCGUCCUGCCUAGCAUUAAAGCUGACGUUCUUCAGGAGAUCCCCAUCAGCUUGUCCUGCAGCUCCUACAAGUCUCUAAUUGCUGGGAUCAACGCCGGCUUUUCUGAAAUUCCCGAGGAUGGCAAGAGGGAUGUGUAUCGCUACAUCGUGUCUUUUCUAACGCAGACGUCUCAGGAUACCGGUCCUGUCUGCUAUACCAAGGCUCCCACUAGAGACUGGUUAUUAGAAUACUUUGGAAAAUUCUCCAUGGAAGCAUCUUACACUCAGUUGAUUUCCUUCUCCCACCAACCUUUUGAUGCAUAUACGGUUUUGGACAUGCUGACUCCCACUCAGAUCGGUGACAUGGUAGUACACUCGGACACGCUGACCAGAAUGGACUUAGCAGCCCGGCUCAUUCAGUUCUUCCAACAAAGCAAACCCGAGGAUGUUCAGAUUAUUCUGAUUAAAUUCACCGAGGCCGCAAUCACGCGUAAAAUCUCAGUCCUCCCAGAUGAUGCCAUUACCAGGCUGCUCCUGCAGAACUACCUAACCCUCAUGUCCGGGCGAAUGGAGGCAUACACCACCACGGACUGGAACGCCACGUUCCAAAAUGAGCUGUACUUCCUGAGCCCUGUCGUCAACAACACAACCCUCUCCCUCAUCGUUCCACGGGACUAUGGCUCGUUAGUUGCAAUUGUUGCUGGGUUUGAUGGAGCUCAUCAGCACAUGACUGAAUCCUCUAGGAGAGACGUCGUACUCUGGAUUGUGCAAAACCUCAAAGUCUUAAAAGGCUACCCAGUGGAGCCCAUCACUGAAUGGAUACAGACCACCUGGAGGUCAUUUUUCUUUGAUGCAACCCUAGAAGAAGUGAAAUCUACCAAUGAAAAUUUUGACCCUGUUGACCUUUUGGGUUCCCUGAGAGUUGACCAGCUGAUGGAGUAUGUUGUGACUUCAGAUGCAUUAUUUAAUGUGACCACAAUGAUUCGGGUCCUGAGAAGUCUGGAGGGGAAAGACUCUGAAAUAGCAUUGCCUAAGAUGGAUGAAUUCCUGACGGCGUUCAAUUUGGCUAUUACACAGCAGAACAUCACGGGCAUGCAACACACUGAAGUGAGGCAAGAAAUGCUGACAACCCUUUUUACCGACCUGUCUAAGCAUUUUUACAAGUUCACUGACCAGGAUUAUGAGGCCUGGUUCCUGGAGAAGCUAAAAUUCCUCCUGCCUAGUAUGAAUGCAGACCUGCUCGAGUUAAUACCUGUAGAUGUCAGCUUCCGAUCCUACACUGCCAUCAUCCGAAGCCUGGACAACGUCUUCCCAGAGUUUUCACAACAGACUUCACACGACAUAUACAAUUUAAUCCAAAAAAUCCUGGAACAUCAACUUAAUGCUUCAGAGACGGUAUUUCCUGGAUCGUACAGCAGCAGCCAAAGUUUCCUGCAGCUCAUCUUCUAUCAGUUCAGACAUUUUGCUAACUACACCCAACUCCUCACCUUUUACAAGGACUUUAAUGGGUAUGAUGUUCUUGACCUGCUUUCUGCCAGACAAAUGGGGGAGAUGAUGGUGGUGACGAAUGCUGUUAAAAACGAACGCUCUGCUGUCCAGAUCCUGGUGGAAAUGGAAACGCGCACCUUUGCUGAAAUGACCGAAUUCAUAAUGGAAUUUAAUUCUGUAGCAGAACAGAAGCAUCUCGUUGUCCUACCCAAUCCCUGGAUUCGUGACUUAGUCUUCGAGACUAUAUUCAAGUCGUUCCAAUUCAGCACCUUCACGGCGGAUCAGUAUGCCUUCUGGUUUGGCUCACAGCUCCAGCUAUUCCUGCCGGCUAUAAAUGCCCAGUACCUACAGCUCCUCCCCUUGGAUAUCGACUGUCAGUCUCAUCAAAAUCUGGUGCAGGCACUGGACAAGGUGUAUAAUCAUUACACAGACGAGCAGCAAAAAGCCAUCCAUGGCAGGAUAUUCAGAUUUCUAGAGUCUUACCGUAAUACCCAAGGUGGCACGUGUUCCCCAGAUGCAACCAGCAGCCUAUGGAUAAUCAACAACUAUGGACGUUUCAGUGCCUAUGCCAAUAUGGAGGAGUUUUCCUCACUCAAUCCCAAUUUUGAGAAGCUGUCGGCUGUGUCAGAGUUGUCACCAGAACAGCUGGCCCAGUUAACAACGGCAACAGGAGCCCUGGCCGAUGAGACUAUUGUCAUCGAGAUCAUGAACAAUCUGAACACUUCGUCAGACCUUGCUAAAUUCUUUGACGCACUGAAUGCCAUUGCUUCGGCAGAGCUUCAGGGCAGCGUCCAUGCACAUCUCAUUUUAAGCACCACGUUCCAAAAAAUUGCACCUGGCUUUCCAAACUUCAAAGCCAGCGACUUUGCCUACUGGUUUCAAGCUGCUUUGCAAAAUGUGCUGCAUACGGUGAACGAGACCAUCAUUGCAGAGAUCCCAGUCUCUAUAUCAUGUGACUCUUACCAGCAAAUGUUGAAGGGUUUCAAUAACAUCUACGCCAGCAUACCUGCAGGAAAUGCCCCAAGUGUGUUUGGAUUCUGCAGAACUUUCCUGGCCUCAGAAGUCAAGUCAGGUAUUGCAUGUGGGAAUCCGACCCAAAGUAUUCAGAACUGGCUGGACGUAAAUCUUGGAAAUUUUAGCCAAUAUGCCGAGUAUCAGGAUUUACUCACUUGGAACCAACAUUUUAAUGGCAUGGUAGUGUUGGACAAGCUGGCCUCACCACAACUUGCAUCCUUUACUCUUGAAUCAGAUGCCAUUAAUGAAGAAGAGGUGAUGUGCCAGGUCCUCGCAAGAUUACAGAACAAACCAGCUGAAGAGAUCUACCAGUAUUUAGACCAAUUCAACAAAGAGGCCCGACGGCUGAUGAUACCCACCAUUAAAAAUGAAGCAGUGAGGAAAAAUAUGCUCACCCAGUUUGUGAAUGAGAUCAAGUCAGGCUAUUCAGCGUUCAGCCCUGAAGACUGGACUCAUUUAUUCACAAGACUAGAGCUACUGCUGCCAAGUGCUGGCGAGAUGGAGAUUAAGCUAUUCCUGACUCACAUUCUUGGCUGUGAUAGUUUCAGAGCUAUGGUAUCCUCACUAAGUCAGGUGUAUCCUUCUAUGUCAUCAGUGAAUCAACAGGGUGUCUACAGUGCUAUAUUUACCUUUCUUGAAAAUCAGCACAACACAACAGGUUCUGCCUGUGCUUUGGGCAACGAGGUAAGCCUGGAUUGGCUACGGAAUAACUUUGGGGCAUUCGCAGCCAAUGCUCGCUAUGAAGAUUUCACCAAACUUAUAGCAAAUUUCAAUGGGUUCGAAGUAAGUGAUAAUCUCACUUCAACUCAACUGGCUCAUGUCUUCUUUGGCGCUGAUGUCCUGGACGAUAUUGGCAUGGCUGAGACCCUCCUAAUGUCCCUGCAGAGCAGGCCAGUUGGCGAUGUUGUUGCCUUUGUGACUGAGUUUGUGGCCAUCGCUCCUCAGGUAAUGUACUGA